AUGUAUAGAAGUGGAAAAUAACAACCAAAACCAGAAUUACCUUUUUAUGCUGAUAUCACUUAUUGGAUAACCUUUAUGUUAUCAAUAUAUUUUAAAGAUGAAAAAAUUUUGCAUGGAAUUUUUUCUUGUUUACCACUUUUUAUGAUUGUUCAUUUGACUUUGAAUAGAUUAUAAAGGGGUGAAUUAGGAUCAACAGUAAUGAUGUUAUCUUUACUUGCAGAAUCAAUUGGUAUGGAUGAUAGAAAUUUGUAGCUCAUUUAUUUCAUCAAUUUGCACAUGAUGAAAGAUUCAUGAAUUUAUAUUUCUUUGAACAUUUAAUAUGUGGAAUGUUUCUUGCAAUGGGAAAUUUCAUUUAUGUAUUUGAAAAAAGAUAAAAAAAAGAAAUAUUUCGUAAAAAGAAAUCAUAUUUAAAAUCAAAAUUGCCAAAACCUUAAUCUAUAAUAGUAUUUCCUAUAAUUGCAUCAGGAUUUAUUUAAUGCUAUAUGAAACAAAAAAUGAUCAUACAAAUUGGAUAUUGUAUUAUAUGA